GUCAACACAUCAGUCAAAACGACAAAUGGUUCAACAGCAAUAUUUCAUCAAUGACUGAAAGAAUAGAAAACCAUUAAUUAAAAACAGAGAGAAAUCAAAUAUGAAGUCGAGAUUUAGUACAGUUGAUAUUGCUGUGGUUAUUAAAGAGUUGAAAAGGUUCUAUGGCAUGCGAGUUGUUAAUGUGUACGACGUGGACUCUAAAACUUACCUCAUUAAACUUGGAAAACCUGAUGAUAAAGCAGUCAUUUUGAUUGAAUCCGGUAUCCGGAUACAUGGAACAGAGUAUGACUGGCCAAAAAAUAUGGCACCAUCUGGAUUUUCCAUGAAGUUGAGAAAGCACAUUAAGGGGAGACGACUGGAGAACAUCAAUCAGUUAGGUAUGGACAGAAUAGUGGAUUUACAGUUUGGUUCGGGAGAGGCAGCUUAUCAUGUCAUUCUGGAGCUCUAUGAUAGGGGAAAUGUGGUCCUGACAGAUUUUGAAUUCACCAUAUUGAAUAUCCUGAGACCGCGUACUGAUACUUGCCAGGAUGUAAAGUUUGCCGUCAGGGAGACGUACCCAGUCAGUGCUGCUAAACAACACUCUGUACCCUCCAAUGAGAAAUUACGAGAAGUUAUACUGGCAGCAAAAGUUGGAGAUGUUUUAAAGAAAGUCCUUUUACCGCAUUUGGAUUAUGGACCGGCAGUGACGGAGCAUUGCUUACAGUGUAUUGGAUUUCCGGAAAAUGUCAAGGUCGGAAAAGGAUUCAGUGUCACAGAAGAUAUGGAUAAACUUACAAGUGCAAUAGAAUUGGCAGAAUCCCUAUUGAAAACUUUAUCCGAGGAACCUUGCCAGGGUGUUAUUGUCCAAAAGAAAGAAAAGCGAGCAGCAGUGAAAGAAGGGGAGAAUGCUGAGUUGUUAACGUAUGAAGAAUUCCAUCCAUUGCUAUUCAAACAAUUUGAGAACAAACCUCACAGCAUAUUUGAUAACUUCAAUAAAUCGGUGGAUGAAUUUUUCUCUCAGAUAGAGAGCCAGAAAUUAGACAUGAAAGCUUUGCAACAGGAAAAAUCAGCCCUGAAAAAGCUGGAUAACAUCAAAAAAGAUCAUGAAAAGAGGAUAGAAGGGCUGCAGAAAGAACAGGAAACGGACAUUAACAAGGGUCGUCUGAUAGAACUAAAUCUACCACUGGUGGACCAGGCCCUGUUGAUUGUGAGGAGUGCCCUGGCCAAUCAGAUCGACUGGACGGAGAUUGAGAACCUGGUGCAUGAGGCCCAGCUACAGGGUGACCCCGUGGCAUCCUGUAUCACCAGCCUCAAGCUGGACUCCAACAUGAUCACUCUGCUACUCAGGGAUCCAUACAGAUACAGCGAUGAUGAGUAUGAUGAUGAUGAUGAUGAUGAUGAUGUACUCAAACCAACUAAAGUGGACAUUGAUAUUUCAAUGAGUGCUUAUGGCAAUUCUAGGAAGUUUUUUGACAAAAAGAAAACAGCUGCCAAAAAAGAGCAGAAAACAAUUGAUGCUUCUGCAAAGGCAUUGAAGUCGGCAGAGAGAAAAACAAAGGAGACUUUGAAAGAAGUUGCAACAGCUGCCACGAUAAAUAAAGCAAGGAAGACUUACUGGUUUGAGAAGUUUCUGUGGUUUAUAACGUCGGAGAACUACUUAGUCAUCGGUGGGAGGGAUCAACAACAGAACGAGAUGAUCGUUAAAAGAUAUCUUAGACCAGGAGACUUGUAUGUUCAUGCUGAUCUUCAUGGAGCCAGUAGUUGUGUCCUAAAAAAUCCAUCAGGUGAGCCUGUUCCUCCAAAGAGUCUGAAUGAAGCAGGCACUAUGGCCAUCUGUAACAGUGUAGCAUGGGAUGCUAAGGUGGUGACAAGUGCCUGGUGGGUCUAUCAUGAUCAAGUGUCCAAAACAGCGCCCUCUGGAGAAUACCUCACAACAGGAAGCUUCAUGAUCAGGGGAAAAAAGAAUUAUCUUCCACCCACUCAUCUGGUGUAUGGAUUCGGAUUGCUCUUUAAGUUGGAAGAUGAUAGCAUAGAGAGACAUAAGGGAGAAAGGAAAGUCCAUGGAGUUGAUGAUGACACCAUGUCAGUGACAGAUUCUGUAGCAACAGAGAGUGACCUCACUGCUGACACAAACAGUGUUACCAUAGACACCGACAGUGAUAGUGACAGUGAAAAUGACAGCAAAAGUGAAAACAAUGAAGACAAUGAGAGACUGCAAGAAAGUGACAGUGAGAACAAUAAAAGUGAAAGUAAAAAUGACAAUGGUGAUGGUGUUCAGGGGAUAAAUGCUGAGAAGACAGACGAGUCAGAUCAAGAAGAAGUUUCUUUUCCAGACACAUCAAUAUCAUUACAGCAUGUCAAGGGAGACAAGUUUGAGCUACAGAGAGAAAGGAGCAGCACAAGUGGCAGUGUUGAAGAACCCCAAAUAAAGGAGACAACAGCAGAACAAGAUGGAAAGACUGGAGGGAGAGGAGCCAAACUUUCUGCAAAACAAAGAAGAGAAAUGAAAAAGGCUAAAAAAUCACAAAACCAGCAAACAGACAGCAAUGCAGAUGAAGAAGACAGGGUGUCAUGGUUACAUCAAGAUAAGGACAAACCACCAGUCAAGGACUCAAGGGAGAACCAGUCUAAACAGAAACCAAAGCAGGAGGAUCCUGAUGAUGAAGAAAGUGUAGAUAAACAGCCACAGAUUCAGUUUAAGAGAGGACAGAGAAAUAAAUUAAAAAAGAUAAAAGAAAAAUAUGGAGACCAAGAUGAGGAAGAAAGACAACUGCGAAUGGAAAUCUUGGCUUCAGCAGGUUCAAAGAAAGAGGAGAAGAAGAAGAAGAAGGGGAAGAAAGGACAGAGUCAGGGUCAGCAAAAGUCUGGGCGACCGGUCAGUGGUAAACAGCAAUUACAGCAACAGGGGGGCACAGGCCAGGCCAAGUCAGUGGAGCUCAUACUGAAGCCGACCGCAGAAAUCAUCAUUGAUGUUCCUGAUUUUUUUUCCAUUGAAGAUGCAGACAUUGAAGAAAAAGAGAAAAUACCUGUAGUUACAGUGAAGCAGGAAGCCCAGAAUGACUCUGAUGAUGAAAAACAGGAAGAGGAUUUGAAACCAGAUGACGUGAUGAUGCUGGACUCGCUGACGGGUUGCCCUGUGGCGGAGGAUGAGUUACUGUACGCCAUUCCUGUGUGUGCACCCUACAGCACCAUGUUAAACUACAAGUUCAAAGUGAAACUUAUGCCUGGUAGCACAAAACGAGGAAAAGCUGCCAAACUUGCUCUUAAUAUGUUUGCACAUGAAAAGUCCACGACACCAAGGGAGCGUGACCUUGUACGCAUUUUAAAGGAUGCUGAUACAAGCCGUAACAUACCGGGCAAAGUGAAAGUCUCUGCUCCUAAUCUUCAUAAGGCAAAGGGAAAAUAAAAGGAUUCCUUAGGAAAAACACUCUACUGAAAUUUGUUUGAGUGGGGAAAAACAGAAUUCAUGUGUACAUCUACUAGAUUAUCUGAAAACAUGUGGACAAGAUGAAACUGUUUACAUAUAUUAUUAAACUGGUAAAAUAAG